GGGAAAUGUUUAAUUCUGGUUGUAUUCUUCGUCAAUGGCUUAAGAUGUGUGUCAGAUUCGGGCAAUUGGCUAAGCGGAUUUGAAUUACAUUACCGGUAAAGAACCAGCGACAUUCUCCGUUUGAAAGUUCAGUCCUCCUAUAUUUUUUUUCCCCUUUUUUUUUCUUGUUUUUUUAUUCUUUCCCCUUCCUCCAUCUAUAAAAUUGAUAUCCGGCACCGGUCCAUCCCGACUUUACACACCCGCACUACAUAAGUCAUGUCGUCUUCUGCCACAAACUCUCCUACCGUUGGCCCAGCCAGCACCGCCAGCUUGAGCCGCUUUGAUCCAUUUGCCGUUCAUCCUUUCACCUGUAUCCAAUCCGAUUCACGCUCCUCGGCAGCUAAUGCCCAACAACCUACCUCCCGCCCAAGCACUCCCGAAUUCGUGCUACUCAACAAAUCCCGCUUGAACAAUGCCCCUAACAGCUACAACGUACUUUAUGCGCGAGCCGCCAAAGCUGCUGCGUUUCCUGAGGAGACUGGCACUGAGCGUCAACGCUCGCAUGAAACGACGCUGGAUGCUGCCCCUGUAACCUUGCCACUGUCAGCGGCAGCGCUCCAAGUGACGCAAAACUACUCAGUGACAACAUAUCCUACCCAAGUUGCUUCUCGAACGUCUAACGGCGGCAAUAAUAAUAAUAAUCAUUCGUCGUCGCGUAACCUUCACUUGAAUGGGUAUAAUGACGUACGGGCGGAAUCGGAGAGGCGACGACGUGCACAGGAACUCAUUCUCCGUGCGGGGUUGGGUUCACCUAAACAUGAUGAUGAGUUACCUAUUCUCAAGAGGAAGAAGGAGUAUGUCCUUGAUGGGUUCUGAUAUCGCCUAACCCUGUAAGCGAUCUCAGUGGUCGUGGUUCCAGUAGUCUCGUGCUACAUUUGUCGCACGUCCGUGAACUUGUUGUUCGAACCGACCACUUCUUUAUCAUACUCGAUGACCGCCUUGUGCACCUUCUCCCUCUCCCUCCCUCCCUCUCUCUCUGUUCAGCACUUGGCGAGCCAUUCUGUAACCAUCAUGAUGACGAUCAUUAAUUAUUCGCCGAUCCGAGUCUCAUGUUUCAGUUUUUUCC